AUGCGAGUGAAGAAAGGUUCCGAGCCUCGAGACAGUGAAGGGGCAUCAGACCAGAAGCAAGAUCCCUUGGAGAGAAGGCGGCUUCAAAAUCGUCUAUCUCAAAGAAACCACCGUCGAAAGAUUCGAGACCGCAUUACCAAGCUCCAGGAACGAGUCAUCGCCAACGAACUCCGAGCGGCCGCCGCCCUCAAUGGCUGGGAUCAGCCAUACUCUCCUCCACCUCUGCUAGGGAGUCGAAAUGCAUUUCAGCAGGAUAGUGGAUUUGGAAGUGGCACAUCGGAUGCAUCUUUGCCAGUGACAGAGCCAUUUUCGGCCUUUGGCUCCUCUUAUGGAUUCUCCCUGACAUCUCCCUGGCCCGGCGCCACAGCGCAGUCAUCUGCCUUUACGUCUGGAGAUUCGACAUGGCUUUGGGAUUUCGGUGCUUCUGCGACAGAUAUUGCAUAUUACACUCCGACACUUUGUGACCUCAUGAGCGAUGGGACAACCCAGCCAUUCUUGGGGAAUAGCGUGGAGCAAAAAAUGCCAGACAUGUCGAAUACAGGGAGUCCACAGUCUUAUACGGGCUUCCCAACCACGCAAGCAAGCCAGCCAUUAUAUUACGCUGUGACCGAAACCGCAUUACCCUAUAUCCUCCAAGUCCUCAGCAACGCCUCGCCUCAGUCCAGAAUAAUCGUUCUCGUCUCACCAGACGCAGCAUCCUCUAGUAUGGAAUACGCAACUACCACUGCUUCUCUCUCAGCGACCAGUAGUUUGUCAGACUUUUCGCAACAGACGGGCACUGCGCAAAGCACGAUGUGCCAAUGCCAAUCUCAAAGCACGGUACCUAUACUAGUGGCACACGCGGGCUCCACGGAAUGGGCAACUCGGCAUCUUCGUACCUAA